UAAACACUUGUUUACUUGAACUCUCUUACUCUGAAACUUUCUUUCUCUCUCUCUCAAAAUGAAGCUUUCUAUGCGUUUGAUCUCAGCUACUCUCCUCUUGUUCAUGAUAUUCGUUGCCACAGGGAUGGGUCCAGUGACAGUUGAGGCACGGACAUGUGAGUCUAAGAGCCAUAGGUUCAAGGGUACAUGUGUGAGCUCAACAAACUGCGGAAACGUGUGCCACAAUGAAGGUUUUGGCGGAGGUAAAUGCCGUGGUUUCCGUCGUCGUUGCUAUUGCACCAGACAUUGCUGAUCUACCUAUCGAUUCUCAUAACCAAGAAUCAACCAUCCAUCGUCUCGUGUUGUUUCUUUCUAUCUAAUCUUCCGAACAUCACCAUGUCGUACCGUACAUGUGUGUGUGUAAUGUAUUUUCAAAUAAGUCUUUGGUUUGUGUGUUUCGUUCUAUAACGUAUGUGUGUUUGUAAUGUUAUAUCAACUUAUGGUUUUCUUUUUUUUUCAAAAGAAAAACUUAUGGUUUUCUUUAGCAAGAAGCCUCUACAGAGCUAUUUAAUUACGUAGAGGUUAUUAAGAGUUAGGUGAACGGCAAAUCUGAAAUAGUUGUAGGUCGAUCAAAAAGAAUCAUACGUUUAUACGUCUUGCCGUCUUGGUACUAUUAAUUUAAAUAAUACUACUUGUGAAGUAAUCGUAGUGUAGUUAGUAACACACGUAGCGCUUAGCUACAACGCGUGUCCUUUGUGUUAUACGAGAGCUCUACACAUGUACAGAUGUACUACUGCUUUUUCAAAGCCAUCUAA